UCCUGUCCCUCGGCUGCUUCUCCUCCUCCCCUCCGGGGCACCUCGCCAGCUCUCCAAGCCCGUGGUGCCCACAGGCACGCUGCUCCUGGCCCUGAGCUGUCACUGCUGCACCCCAGGCCCCCGACACGAUGCAGGCCAUCAAGUGUGUGGUGGUGGGAGAUGGAGCUGUGGGCAAGACCUGCCUCCUCAUCAGCUAUACCACCAACGCCUUCCCCGGAGAGUACAUCCCCACCGUGUUUGACAACUAUUCAGCCAAUGUGAUGGUGGACAGCAAGCCCGUGAACCUGGGGCUGUGGGACACGGCCGGGCAGGAGGACUACGACCGCCUGCGACCGCUCUCCUACCCACAGACGGAUGUCUUCCUCAUCUGCUUCUCCCUCGUCAGCCCCGCCUCCUACGAGAAUGUCCGUGCCAAGUGGUUCCCCGAGGUGAGACACCACUGCCCCAGCACGCCCAUCAUCCUGGUGGGCACCAAGCUGGACCUGCGAGAUGACAAGGAGACCAUCGAGAAGUUGAAGGAGAAGAAGCUGUCGCCCAUCACCUACCCGCAAGGCCUGGCACUGGCCAAGGAGAUUGACUCUGUAAAGUACCUGGAGUGUUCUGCCCUCACCCAGAGAGGCCUGAAGACCGUCUUUGACGAGGCCAUCCGUGCUGUCCUGUGCCCUCAGCCCACGCGGCCACAGAAGCGCCCCUGCAGCCUCCUCUAGGGUUGCACCUCAGCCCUCCCUCCCAAUGGUCUGACCCUCCAGGCCCUAGAUGGCACCUCGGCUGGCCAUGGCAUCCCUUCCCUGUGGUGUUUCUUAAUGGCUGCAGAGCUUGGCUGAUUGUUUCCAUGCUGGAGGCCCCUGGGGCCAUCAGGGGUGAAUUUGCAGUUGCUGCCUCUGAUCCCCCCGUAUUCCUGCCUUCUCAGGAUGGGAGCCGCUGUCUGACUCCCCUCUGGGAACUUUGAGCCUCAUGGCUGCCAGCCACCACUGUGGACCUUCAGGGAUGGGCUCUUGCUCCAGUGUUGAUGAUCCUGCUUGUCUGAAAGUCCUCCUUAGACUGAGCAAAAUGGGUUUCUCUGGUCUUAGUUCUCCUUUACUGGGACAACAUAACUCAAUUUCUCUAAACUCCUGUGGAUAUCUGCCAAGCUAUCCAAGAGUCACCCCUGGCCAUCUCUCAAGACUUUCCACUCUCCUGGCAGGCUCCUGAGCUGUAUGUUUCUGGAAGAGUCUUAGGACUUUCUUACUCUGCCAGGCAGUACUCUUACUAUUGCAGAUAGAAAAGCUAAUUCAACCUGCUUAAUCUGAAAAUAAAUUUAUUGAUUCAA